CAAAUUAUUAUCAAAUUGUAUCAUGGUAUCGGAGCCUAGGUUUAAACCCUAGCCCUUUUUUUCUAGACUGUGCCUUCACCGCCGGUCUCCUUCCUCUCGCCAGUCGACCAUAAACGGCAACCAUGGCUCAAUCUUCAGAUCCGCUUGCUUCGCUUCCUUCUGGCGUCAAGCUUCUUCUCCGCAAUCUCCAUAAUCUUAUCCCAGAGAAGCUCACCGAUUCAAAUUAUCCUGCAUGGUCUCUCAAUGUCAAAACUGCUCUCGAGGCCAACCUUCUUCUUGGUUGGAUCGAUGGUCAUGAAGCUGCACCUCCAAAAAUCCUAUCCAAGGAUGGCAAGGAAAACCCUAACCCAGAAUUCCAAACAUGGAUUGUGAUUGAUACUCAGAUCUGUGCAUGCUUCCUUGCCGUCAUCAGUCCGUCUGUUCACAAGCAUGUCCGCAACUUCACCACAUCUGCCGAUCUAUGGAACGCUCUCGCUGCCCGGUAUAAUUCUGUUUCUACCGCUCACAUCUAUCAACUACGGGACAAACUUCACACACUCCGAAAAGGUACAAAAACUAUCACCGAGUACCUUGAUGAAGUUGCCACUAUCCUAACCGAUUUGGAUGCUCUCAACGAGGUUAUUCCUGAGAGAGAUGUGGUGAAUGCUGUUAUCCGAGGCCUCCCUCAUGAAUAUUCCUCCUUCAAGCAAAAUAUACGGAUGAACAAUGAGAAUAUAAGUCUCAAUCAACUCUCUGGGUGGCUAACCUCUGAAGAAAUAAAUCUUGAAAUCGAGCAAAAAUUGAGUAUUGCAGAUUCCGCCUCCGGAGUUUCUCACUCUGCACUNGGGGGGAGGCCGCGGACCUUCACGCGAUCUUCCAGUAUGUCAGAUCUGUUCAAAGCGUGGCCACUCUGCUGCUACCUGCUGGUACCGCUAUGAUGAUUCUUCUACUGAGAGCAACUCGGCUACCAAUUCUCGUGCUAUGCAUGCAACCACAAGCAACCAAACUGGUGAUUGGUACCUUGAUACAGCAUUUUGUUUUGAAAAGUGCAAAAAGGCACAAGAAUUGGUUUUUC